CUUGGUAAUAAUAAUAAUGAGAUAACGCACGCACACAGUUUCAGUUUCAGUUUCACUCACUCUCUUCUUUAUAUGAACUCUUUCUAGGGUUUCUUCGCCCUCUUUUUUCCCCAAUUCAAUUUCUCCUCUGCCGAAUCUCCGCACAAAUCCGCUUGCAUCAAUUGUUUCUUCAUUCGGAUUGGUAGUUCUUGAAGGAUCAACAUGUAUUCUUCCAGAGGGAGUGGCGCUUACGGCCAAUCCUACACUGGUCAAUCUGCAUAUGGUCAAAACUUGAGUGCUAAUUAUUCUGGGGCAUCUGUUGGAGGACAUGAUGCUACCCCGCAUUCUGCGGCUUCAAGGCAUUCGGGUGUAUUAGGUAGUUCUCAGGAUGCUGAUGUUGGUAGUUAUAGGGCUCAUACUGCUGUUGCUCAGUAUGGAGGACAGUAUAGUUCUGUUUACGGUUCGGCGGCUGUGAGUACCGCACAGCAGACUCCGUCUUUGAGUACCAAGGGAGCUGGGUCAUCAGCUUUAGAUGCUCGUGGGGGCUACUCAUUGGGUGUUUCAGAUUCACCUAAGUUUGCUUCUAGUGACUAUUUAUCAUCGUCCUCAACCCACGGGUAUGGUCACAAAUCUGAUCAAUUGUACGGUGACAAGAGUUUGGAUUAUUCUGGAUUAGAUAGAAGGCAAUAUGGUGAACGUCAGAGUGGUUACAUUGGUAGGGAUUUAUCAAGUGAUCCAACUGGACGAUAUGCUACUGAUUCUGUUGGAUAUAGUCAUCAACAUCAGGCCACUUUGCUUCGACAAGAGCAAUUGCUGAAAUCUCAGUCCCUGCAAGCUGCCUCACUGGAUGGGGGUACAAGACAAACUGAUUAUCUUGCAGCUAGGGCUGCUGCAAGUCGUCACCCAACCCAAGAUCUCAUGUCUUAUGGAGGAAGGAUUGAUUCUGAGCCCCAUGCUUCAUCAAUGUUAAGUGCUACUUCAUAUAGUGGACAACAUGCACCAUCGAUAUUAGGAGCAGCACCAAGGAGAAAUGUGGAUGAUCUUUUGUAUUCCCAGAAUGCAUCAAAUCCUGGUUAUGGAGUGAGCUUGCCACCCGGUAGGGACUAUGCCAGUGGAAAAGGUAUACAUGGAAAUGCAAUGGAUUUGGAUUACCCAGCAAAUCCGCUGUCUUCUGAUAGGAAGGAUGACCGGGCUAGCUAUCUUCGAGAUUUUGAACUAAGGGAAGAAGAACGACGCCGGGACCGCUUGCGUGAUAGAGAUAGGGACAGAGAAAGGGACAAAGAACGAGAACGAUUGCGAGAACGGGAACGAGAUCGAGAAAAGGAACGCGAAAAGGAGCGCAUGGAGCGGCGUGAAAAGGAGAGGGAGCGUGAUCGCAAACGUGCACUUGAAGUUAAGCUUGAACGAACUCCAGUGAGAUCCUCCAAGGAUCCCCGUAGUACUUCAAAGGAUCCUCGCGGGUCGUCUUUGACAAAGGAGACGAAAUCUUCACGACGGGACUCCCCACAUCGUGGCUCUUUACAUAGGCACCGUUCACCGGUUAAAGAAAAACGGAGAGAAUAUAUCUGCAAGGUUUACCCUUCUUGUUUGGUAAAUAUUGAGAGGGAUUAUCUCUCAAUCGACAAGCGAUACCCGCGACUCUUCAUCUCGCCCGAAUUUUCCAAGGUUGUUGUGAACUGGCCGAAGGAAAACCUUAAACUCUCUAUGCAUACUCCUGUCAGUUUUGAGCAUGAUUUUGUUGAAGAAGAAGGUGCUAGAGACUCAUCCAGUAAGCUUUUGACAGUUCAACCUACAAGUUCAGAACAGAGAAAUACAGUUUGGAAUGCAAAAGUAGUUUUGAUGAAUGGGCUUAGUAGGGGUGCAUUGGAGGAGCUGUCAUCAGAUAAACUUCUUGAUGACCGCAUUCCUCAUAUUUGCAAUUUCCUUAGGUUUGCGAUCCUUAAGAAGGAUCAUUCUUUCAUGGCAGUUGGUGGUCCAUGGGAACCUGCUGAUGGUGGUGAUCCAUCUAAUGAUGAUAGCUCUUUGAUCAGAGCAGCCCUUAGGUUUAUACCUCAAUAUCAUGAUAUGAUAAUUUGCUGCAAAAACUUAUGCUUUCCCUUACUGAAUAAUGGAUAUUUUUCCUACUUUUACAGAUACACAAAGGAUAUCAUUCAGCUUGAUUUGCAGAAGUGUCAACACUGGAAUCGAUUCCUUGAGAUACAUUAUGAUAGAAUCGGUAAAGAUGGUUUCUUCAGCCACAAGGAAAUUACUGUACUUUAUGUUCCUGAUUUGUCUGAGUGCCUCCCUUCAUUGGAUGAAUGGCGUGAUCAGUGGCUUGCCCACAAGAAAGCAGUGGCUGAAAGAGAACGUCAAAUUUCUCUAAAGAAAGAGAAAUCAAGGGCUAUCAAGGAAUCAAAUGACAAAUCAGAUAAGAGGAAGGAUUCUGCUGCAUCUGAAAAACCAGAUGUUAAGAAAAAGGAGAAAGAUAAUAGUACUGUUAAGGAAGAGAGUGAAAAAAAAGCUGGAGCGAGUAAAAAGACAGUUGCUAAAAAGGAUUCCGUAGAUGUAGGUGAAGCCAAGAGUGCCGAGAAAAAGCCAGGCGAAACUACCCCCGGUCAACCCACAGGAAGUGUGAAGUCUGUGAAGAAGAAAAUUAUAAAGAAGAUUGUGAAAAAAGUUGUCAGUAAGACAAAUGAUAGUGCAAAGAAACAAAGUGAGAAAUCUGGUGAGAAGGUUGUUGCAGACAAAGUGGCCACAUCAGAUGUUCCUGUUGAUGAAGUCAAGCCUUCUGUGGAUCCUACUGGGAUUCAAACUACUGGGAAAGACAUAGUUGCGGCAGAUAUUCCAGUUGCGAAAACUGACGAUGAAGGGAAAAAUGACAAGGAAAUAAGCAGUUUGGAAGGUAAGCCUCUGGAGAAACUGGAUCCAGCAGUUAAUAUAGGUACCAAGGAUGCUACUGUGAAAACUAUAAAAAAGAAAAUUAUCAAGCGGGUACCUAAAAAGAAGGUGGUUGAUGAGGCGUCUAAAUCUGUAGUAAAUGAAGAGAAUGUUGCAGCAGUUCCAGCAAAGGAUGGUACUGACAGCACUGGCAAGCAGGCUGCUGAUGCAGACACCAUAGUGCCUGAGGGCAAGAAACCUGCAAAGGUAGUAGUAACCAAGAGAAAGUUAAAAACACCAUCCUCUGGGGUGCAAGAUGAUGCAACUGAUUCCAAUAAAAGAGACACCAAGUCUGAUAAAAAGGAUGAAGAGAAUGCCGUGGCAGCUCCUGCAAAUGAUGUUACACAGAGCACUGGCAAGCAGGCUACUGAUGCAGACACAAAAAUUGCACCAGUGGUAAAAAAGAAAAUUGUGAAGGUAGUUCCUAAGAAAAAGUUAAAGGUAGACACCUCCGAGAAGCCAGAAGGUGCAGGUGAUUCCAAUAAAAAUGAAAAGAAGUCUGACAAUGAAGACAAGAAGGAUGGAAAAGCAACUGAAGAAAAAAGUGGAUCCAAGAUAGCUAAACAGAAAACCUCUGAGAAAGAUACUCAAAUUGUCAAGGGGAAACUGAAAGUUGGGGAUAAAUCAAAAGAUGAGAAAGUAACAAAAGAGAAAGAUGGAAAAGAUGAGCCUAAAAGCAAAUCUAGUAAAGAAGUGAAAGAGAAGAGGAAGUCUGAUGAACCUCCUCGGCACCCUGGACUUAUUCUAAAAACAAAAUCGACAAAAGAUUCUAAACUACGGUCAUUGUCACUGUCUCUUGAUUCAUUGUUGGAUUAUACUGACAAAGAUGUUGAAGAAUCAACACUUGAGCUUUCAUUGUUCGCCGAAUCAUUUUAUGAAAUGCUUCAGUUUCAAAUGGGUAGUAGGAUUUUGAAUUUUCUUCAGAAACUGCGUGAAAAAUUUGUGAUCAAAAGAGCUCAGCGAAAGAGGCAGAGGGAAGAGGAGCCUGACAAGGAUAGUGCAAACAAGACACCCACAAAACGUCAAAAGGGUGAUGAUCCUUCCGUUAAGAGUGAGACAAAAGUGGACACAUCAAAUCCAACUCAAGCAGAUAACGACAAAACUGUUGCCGAGAAUGAUAAUUCUAGUAAUAAGGAGGAGGAUGUGAAGAUGGAAAAUGCAUCAGACGAGGAAGUAGAACCGGAAGAAGAGGACCCUGAAGAGGAUCCAGAAGAGGAAAUGGAAAAUGAUAGUCCCCAACACGACUCAUCCAAUGAUAAUAACGCUGAGCAAGAGGCUGAUGCAAAAAAUGAAUCUGAAAAUGUUGCUAGCAAUGAAAAACCAGCAGAUGAAACUUCUAAAGGGGAAAUAAAGGUUAAAGAUGAGGUGAAAGAGUCCAAAGACGAUGUUCAACUCAAUGAUGAAAAGGAAAGCAAGGUUAAGAAAGACAAUACAGUUAAGAAAGAAACCCCUGCUGUUAAGGAAGCUGUUGUGGACAAAGAAUUGUUGAAGGCUUUUCGAUUUUUUGAUCGGAAUCGUGUUGGCUACAUUAGGGUUGAAGAUAUGAGAAUAAUAAUCCACAAUCUAGGGAUGUUCCUUUCUCACAGGGAUGUGAAGGAGCUUGUACAAAGUGCAUUGUUGGAGAGCAACACUGGGAGGGACGAUCGGAUACUUUAUAUCAAGUUGGCGCGGAUGAGUGACGUUUGAUGCCCCCUUGUUUUUUUGUUGUAACUUUAAGGGUUUGACAUUCAUUGAAUUUGCUUGCUUUGGUGAAAGGAUAGGUGGUCCUUUAUUUAUGUUAGUGAGGAUAUAAUGUUCAUUGAUGAGACCAAAUUUGGCUGUUCAUUUUCGUGCAUGAUACAAUCCUGCCUUUGAAACAAUUUUUUUCUUCAAUUUUUACAUGUUGCUUUUCAAA